CGUCACCGGGCGCGCCGGAAGUGCUGCGGCUGUCGCCAGAGACUCCGGAAGUGGCUGCUUUGGGGGUUCUGCUGGUGACGGUGACUCCUGGUUCGCCAUGGGUUGCGACGGAGGAACAAUCCCCAAGAGGCAUGAACUAGUGAAGGGGCCGAAGAAGGUUGAGAAGGUUGACAAAGAUGCUGAAUUAGUGGCCCAGUGGAACUAUUGUACUCUAAGCCAAGAAAUAUUAAGACGACCGAUAGUUGCCUGUGAACUGGGCAGACUUUAUAACAAAGAUGCUGUCAUUGAAUUUCUGCUGGACAAGUCUGCUGAAAAGGCUGUUGGAAAGGCAGCGUCUCACAUCAAGAGCAUUAAGAAUGUGACAGAACUGAAGCUUUCUGAUAAUCCAGCCUGGGAGGGGGAUAAAGAAAGCACAAAAGGUGACAAGCAUGACGACCUCCAGCGAGCACGUUUCAUCUGCCCGGUGGUGGGCCUGGAGAUGAAUGGGCGGCACAGGUUUUGCUUCCUCCGGUGCUGUGGUUGUGUGUUUUCUGAACGAGCUUUGAAAGAGAUAAAAGCAGAAGUUUGCCACACGUGCGGCACCGCCUUCCAGGAGGAUGACAUCAUCGUGCUCAAUGGCACCAAGGAGGACGUGGAAACGCUGAGAGGAAGGAUGGAGGAGAGGAGGCUGAGAGCCAAGGUGGGAAAGAAAACAAAGAAGCCCAAGGCAGCGGAGUGUGUCUCGAAACCAGGAGCCAGUGAAGAAUCCACCAAGACAUCAAAAGUUAAGACAGGGAAGCCUGAAGAUUCCAGCCUUGAUUCUAGAGAGAAGAAAACCAACUCGGCUCCCAGAAGUGCAGUGAGUGGGAGCUCGUCCGGAAAAGCUGGGAAGCCUCCGUGUGGAGCCCCAAAGAGGUCCAUCGCCGACAGCGACGAAUCUGAAACCUACAAGUCGAUUUUCACAACCCACAGCUCCGCCAAGCGCUCCAAGGAGGAGUCGGCGCACUGGGUCACCCACACGUCGUACUGCUUCUGAAGCGCACGCCCACGGCUGCUCCCGGUGUCCCGUGGGGUCUCUGCGUGGCUCGUGGUCUCUGUGUGCGCGGUGUUAUAAAGUUGUCCUCACCCCCUCCGAGCCCGUGUGGUCACUCUCGCUGCGAGGCGCCUACGGGGUUCUGGGGAGGCUGUGGCUGGCUUGCAGUGACUCAGUGCCCUGUCCACACUGCCCGCAGCUGCACCGGCCCUCUCCGCGGUGGGAGAGUCGGGUCUGUUCUACUUCUGUGCUUGCAGUGUGACGGACUGCAGGUGUCCUGGGGUGGUCGCUUUAUUCUGACUCCACUUCUACUGGUUUUUCUGCCUCCAGAGAGGGCGAGUUGCACCCCCUCUGCCUGCUGAGUCUGUUCCUCACAGUAGCCCAGGCGGGGCUUUGAGCCUUGUGGUCUGGCACUUAGGGGGUCUUCCUAGUUUUCCCUUUUGAAGACAGCGAAGAUUAGCUUAUAGUUGAGCAUCUAAUGAUUUGGCACAAAAAUAAAACUCCCUUUUCUCCCGUC